AAUAUCUAAUUAUAACUAAAAAAUAGUAAAGGCGGUACGAUACGAACAUAUAAUAUCCCUUCUAUACUUUGGUGGGCCUUAGUAAUAUGCAAUAUGUAGUUGCAGGUAGAGUUUCCUUUUAUGAUCUUGCUGAUUUGCUUGAAAAAAUUAUUCACACUCAUCUAUUGAAGAUAAAAAAAUUGAUUUUAAGUAAGUUUAUAGAUUCUUGGCGCACUUAUCAUAAAUAUUUGCAUUCAAAUGAAAAGUCAAAAACAAAUGAUUCGUUUUAUCCAGCAUUACGUAUGAUAUUACCUGAUUAUGAGAGAGAAAGGAUAGCCUAUGGAGUCAAAGAGAUGGCAUUAGCACACCUUUAUAUAAAAGCUUUAAGUAUACCCAAAGAUGGCAUAGAUGCCAAACGAUUAUUGCAUUAUAAAGAUCUGGGAAAUGAUGAUAAAAGUCAUGUUGAUUUUGCUGAUAUUGCAUUUCAAGUUUUAAAAGAAAGGUGCCCUGAACAUGGAAAUAUGAGCAUAGAAAGUGUUAAUGAAUGUUUGGACAAUAUUGCCAUAAACAAAGCUAUAAAAAACAGAAAUAUGAUUAUUAAAAAUCUGUCAUAUAUGUUAAAAAACAUGUCUGCAAUGGAACAAAAAUGGUUAAUUCGUAUAAUACUAAAAAAGGUCUCAAUAGGCUUAAGUCCUUCUAAUGUACUGAAAUUAUACCAUCCUGAUGCUGCAGCAUUAUUUAAUGUUAGCAAUGAUUUAGAGAAGCUAUGUCUAACUUUGAGGGAUCCUAAUAUUAGGGUUAAAGAUAUACAUAUCAAACUUUUUAUCCCAUUUAAACCAAUGUUGGCAGAGAGAUCAUCCCAUUAUUCAGUAAUGAAUUUAAUUAAGGAAGAAAAACAAGAAGGCAACAGAGAUGGUUUUAUUAUUGAAACAAAAUUUGAUGGAGAACGUACACAAAUUCAUUACUCAAAAAAAGAAGGGUUUAAGUAUUUUUCUAGAAGGGGUUAUGACUACACAGCUUCAUAUGGACCAUCUCAGCACGAAGGCCUCUUUACUCCAAUAGUGCAUGGCUGUUUUGGGAUGGAUGUUGAAUCUUGUAUUUUGGACGGGGAAAUGGUGGGAUACCACAAAGCCACCAACACUAUAGGUCACAAAGGUCCCGAUUUUGAUAUCAAGUACCUCCAAGAGAAUUCUGAUUACCAACCCUGCUAUGCCGCAUUUGACCUACUAUAUCUUAAUGGAAAAGUCUUGACCUCUAUUCCACUAGCUGAGCGCAAGCAGUUGCUUGCUAAAAAGUUUAGGGCUCUGCCUGGAUCUUUUCUUAUUGUGGAAUGUCAUAGAGCUUUCAACGAGAAUGAUGUGAUGCGAAAACUUGACCAAGCUAUACAGGCUCGAGAAGAAGGCCUAAUAUUAAAGGAUCAACGAUCCAUCUACGUCCCUAACGUCAGAACGGGUGGAGGCUGGUUCAAAGUCAAACCCCAAUAUAUACCUGGCCUGUUGGACUCAUUGGAUCUCAUUAUCAUGGGCGCAUAUUAUCGAAAGGAUAAGAAAACAAAAAAGCCUACAUUGCAUGCCAAAUCCUCGAAAACAGAUUUGCUCACGAAAACGGUACCUCAGGUCAUUUCGCAUUACUUGAUGGCUGUGAGGGUCCCCAACAGGGCAAGUGAUAGGAGGGAUAGAUAUAUGCCUAUUUGCGUGGUGGGUUCAGGGUUUUCGGAUGGAGACUUUCAAGGCCUUUUAUUUUCGCUCAUCCCACAUUUUAGCGAAUCUUCGAGGGAUAGCACUCAUUUGGUUUUAGGGCUGCGCAGUUAUAGGCCCGAUUUAUGGAUAAAAAGUUCAAAUGAAUCCGUGGUCCUCCAGGUCAAAGCCUCUAAUAUAAUAUUACGCGACAUAAGAGUUGACGUCCCCUCUGACCUAAAAGACGACGUAACCUAUUACGUAGAUGAUGACAUCAAUGACAUGGGCAAUGAGAUAGAAGGGGAACCUAGUUUAAAAGUUGUGGACCCAGAUAUUGAACCUGAAAAAUUGUACAUCAAAUUGAAGUAUCCGAGAUUAGAAAAAAUUAGGUUAGAUAAAUCUAUACACGAAUGCACGACUCUCUAUGAACUGGUUGCCAUAAAUAACGUUCUCACAAAAGAUCUAAAAGCCCAAACCGCUAGUCACAAAUACAAACCACUGAGGCUGGUAGGCAAAUUACAUUUUUCCAAACACGACCCUCAAAAUCCUAAAAACCGGAACCUAGAGGACCAUACUAAUAAGCGGAAGCGGUUCUUAGUCGGUUACGCCAAGCCAUUAGCAACAAAAAUCGAUGAACAAAAUUUGAAAUUGGUAUCGUCGAUAUUCAACGGCAAAGAAUUUUAUAUUAUAAACGAUUUCGAAGGACUUACCAAAGCCGAUUUAGAACGCGAAUGCUUGGAAAGGGAUGCUAACAUCGUUCAGAUUCCUGGCAUUAAUACAACAUACUUGGUUGCAGGAAAUAUGAAUGCCAAAAUCAACAAUUACAUUUCGUCUGCCAAAUAUGAUAUAGUCAAAGCGUCUUGGUUAUUACGCUGCAUCCAGAACGAAAAAUAUAUCGAUAGCCAACCCCGAGAUAUGAUCUAUAUGAAAUCCCAAACUCAAAAAAUGUUUCAAAGUAGCUACGACCUAUAUGGGGAUAGUUAUUGUGAGGAUGUUGACGCAGAAACGCUGGAAUCGAUUAUGGACAGAAUUUUCAUAGACGAUGAAGAUUUUCUCAAUGCUUCUGAAUUGCUAGAGUUAAAAAGGGUUGUUGAUAACGUAGAUUUAUAAAUUAUCUAUCGAAAUUUAAAAAAAUAUUUUGUGAAUCUUGACGUUUAUUUAUAAUUUAUAU